UCGAAACGUGUUCAUCUGCACAGACCUCAUCCCAAAUAACUUAAAGCUUUCAGAUACUUCAAGUAUAACAAAAUGUUCAAAUAUUUCGCGGUUUUAGCUUGCAUUGCUUUCGUCGCAAUCUCUGCCUCACCAGCACGUACCAAUGCGGAUGAAGAGAAAGAAAUUGUUCCAAUUUUAAAGUCAGAAAUUAAUAAACAUGAAGAUGGUUCCUAUAAUGUAGAAUAUGAAAGUGGUGAUGGCACAAAACGCGAAGAGAAAGCAACAGUUGUUGAUGCCGGCACAGAUGAAGAAGCACUCGAAGUUAAGGGUUCCUAUAAAUAUAUUAACGAUGACGGACAAGAAGUAGAAGUUUUCUAUACAGCAGGCAAAAAUGGUUUCGUACCAUAUGGUUCCAUCAUUAAUCCUGAAAUCUCAGCUGUAGCUGAAGCAGCAAAAGAACUGCCCAAAGAAUAUGAUGAAAAAUUAGCAAUUUCAAAGAAGAAGGAAUAAAGAAUUUCCGUCCCUUAUAGAAGACUAAGACAUUCAAAAGAUUUGUAUUUACAAAUCAAAAACUAAUAAUAUUAAUUCGUUUUAUAUAACUAAUUUUUUAAGCAAAUUAAAACAGAA